GUGCUCCAACGGCCAGGAUCACCUUCCAUCCAAUCCACCACCAGACACUAGUCUAGUUUCCUUUACUUUCCCCCCCACCACCACCCCCCACCCCACAAACUCCUUUCACAGUAACUCCCCUUUGUUCCGGGUGUGCGAGUGAUAAGUGCAAGGAUACCAGGAACCGUUACUGUGAUAUUCGUCCGUCCGUUCGCCACCGUUCGAUUACCCAACGACAUCACAAUGAAUCUCUUCGCGGUGUUCUUCGCCUUCGUCCUGACCGUAGCCACCGUCGCGGCACAGCGCUUCGGAUUCCCACAGACGACCCAGUUCGGGCUGGCCUCGCUGACCGGUGACUUCGGUGGUCCGACGGCCUUCGGUGGACAGGAUUUGUCAGGUAGUUUGAACGCUGGUAUCAGAGAUCCAAGACAGAACCGAGGACCAGUUGUGUUCCCGCCUGCCCCGGCCGAUGCUCCGGUUGAGUCGAGCGGAGUGAUCGUCGGUGCUUCCGGAUACGGUUUCGUGCCCCCGAACACGCCCCAGAAUUUCUACUAACUUCGCACGAACCAGUGGCCAACCCAAUCCAAACCCAAACCCUUCCUCAACCUCCUGAAUCCUACCAACUUCCCACCUGAUCUCCUGAUCCUACCUGAACACCAGCCCAGAGGGAGAAAGAGUGCACCGGAUGUGAUGUUAAUCUUAAACCGGGGGAUGUCUGGAACCGCCGUAGAAGAUCGACGACCAGCAGCGUAAUGGGUCGACCCCAGGCCGCACGGUGGUGGUACUAGAGAACCUGUACCAGAAGCCUUCUGUGUGACUAACCGUGGAGAAGUGUUCUUUAGAUGCGCAUAACACCGAUUACGCCACUACGAUACUCCAACUAGCACCAACUGCAAGAGUGUACAUAUCAACCUUCUUCCAACCUUCCCACCACCCUCGUUUCUUCCCGUUGCAGAUGCGAAUGCGCUGUACAGAAACUUGCGAUACUUCUAAGUCACUACUAUAUACACAAUGACCCAACACCACAACACAUUGACACUCACAAUUACACGGGUAAAUCCAACAGCGGCUCACCGAUCAGCCCACCGACGAGCUGACCCGAAUUCCCCAUUCCCCAAUCCCCUCACCCCUUCCCCUACCGCUACAGUACGUCACACAUUUUCAAGAUCACUAGGCCAAUGCGACACACAGGGAGGAGGUUUCCGCAUCUGCGCCAGCACCGGUUGCAAGCACCACUAAGUAGCACAUGGCCGCCACUAGCGGCAGUCACAUAGUAGUCACCAGCUCAGACCAGACCAGCACAGCACAGACACACGAUAGUACACAGAGCACCGGCCACGAUCCGAUGAGAUUUGGUCGGAAGUUAGGAAGUUAGAAGACGACGGCACCGAACGGAAACACCGGGCCCACACCCGGUCACGUCUCGUUUAGUAUACGUUUAGGUGCAUCGCCGUACAUGGAAAGUGUUUGAAUUUGAUGCCAUAUCAAAUUUUUUGACAACAAAAUCCACCAACCCAGUGCGACAGAGGACAGAGACUGCGAGUUUCUCGCUCGGCUCUAUCUUCUCGCCUGAGUUUGAUUACUAUAAAUCUGUUACUUGACUAUGAUUAUGUGUGCUACGCACUCGAUCCGCCGCAAGAGAAGAAGGAGUGGGACUUUCAGGUCCUUCCACGAUCCAGGCACUCUGUGUGGUAGAUUAAGUAAGCGAGCUAGGAUCGAUAUUUAUUAGUAGUAUGGCGCGGUGCCUGCAUCCAUGAAAAUGUGCAUCCCCUGUACAGUCCUAUCCCCUAUUCCCCGCCCUAUCCCGAAACCUAAUGUCCCAUCCCAGUUCCUAAUACACUGUUCCCCGAAAAACAAACUAAAACACAAACACCGGCACGUGUACAAACGAUGUAGCGAGUGCGUUUCCGUGGCGUGAACACCCUGUAUAAAGAAUGACAACCCCUUAAGCACGUGGAAACAUCCAAGCAACACGCCUCUGUACCAUAUUAUGCCAACAUCCCCCCCCCCUUUUCUUGUACAAACGAUCCUGGGAGUGAAAAUGAGAGAGAACGAGCGGAUCACCUGGUAGAGAUCGCAUGCGGGGGAGGAAAGUGUGUAGCCGGUUCCCCCUCUCCCCUGGCGGGGAGGAAUCCGGUCUUUCGUUACUCUACUGUGUACGAUAGUUUGUAGCGAUUAAUUGGUAACUUAAUAAAUUAUUGUACAGAUGACAUUUAAGACAGUUUUGCCUACAGCCUUCUGCCUUUACUGAUUUAGCACUAGUGGUUUUGUUUUUGCAUGCGUGUGUGUGGGUGAUUGGUUGUGUGUGCACGUGCGUGUUCGUAAUCGAUUUUCAAAUAGCAACAUCAGGAGCAACAUCAGCAACAGCGUCAGCAACAGGUGGCACUGGGCAGUUCAAUUAAUUCCCUACUACUUCCAGACCACCCUUUCCGUCCGGUGGGCA